UUGACCCUCCCUCUCUCUUAGGACAGACUGCAUGCUCUCUCUUUCCCCUUCCCCAGUCAACCUUCUUUCUGUCUCCAUUCUCCUGUUUUCUCUCUCUCACUCUCUCCCCCUCUCUCUUUUGCUUUCUCUAAAAGUUAUCUGGUGUGGAAUGGAGAAGACGUUUGGAUGAUUUUGACUCAGCCAUCAGCAUCCUCCGAGGAAGACAUCAGUCGUGGCGUUUAGCAUCUUCUCUUAUCACCGAGUCCAAUGGAUGCAUUGUUUGGCCUGCGUUUCAGGCGGAAAGCCUGUGAGCCAAGCGUCCCGAGGCGCUCCAGCGUGUCACUUCCAGCAAGUAAAGCGCGCCGGCGCUCCAGCGUGGGCCUGCCGUCAGCCGUCCUGGCUCAGAGACGCAGGUCUAGCACUCAGCUCCAAAUCAGCAACGUGCCGCCGGGAGUCAUACAACACCGAAGAGGACACUUCACCAGGAGGAGGUCGAGCGGCGCAACGGCCUGCCUGACCCCACGGUUCACUAUCCGACGGAGACAGGCUGCCAAACACCGUAGCAUUCACGCCCAGCUCCUGGGCCCAUCGCUGCUCUUGGCUAGCGUGGUGCAAAUGAGUGAAGAUCACGAAACUGAGAAUAAGAGUGCAGAAGAGUACUCCUCUCUCUCGGAUAGUGACUGUAGCCAGGAGGAGCACAAGCAAGCAGUGAUGGACUUAGAGUCGGAGUCUGAUGAGUGUAUGACGUGGUUGGCUCAGGGUUUGAUGCCGGGUGAAAGUAUUCAGCCUCGCCCCCUCAUCCGUGCCCCACGUUGCCUGCGCCGAAACUCCUCACAUCUACUUCCUGCUGAGGCCGUUUACCGGAGCCCAGCCUCUUAUGGGCUGUACGGCCGUUACCGUAGGACCAGUCAGGCGCAGGGGCUGUUUAAUGUAGGUGGAUUGUGGGCAGGGAGACGAAAUUCUCUCGCAGCACGAGGAUCAGUCACACUGUACAGGACGAGCUCCCCUUGCUGGACAGAUCUCGGUCUUUCACACACACUGCAGGAAACUUACUACAACCCACAGAUUGACACAUGGAGUGCGUUCCUCUCGAAGGCCAUUUCCAAGUCCGGUCUCCAGCACCUCUCAUGCCAGCCCAGUGCUGCACUGUUGGCCAAGGGGGAAACGGACCGAGAAAUCCGCAGCACAGUGGACUGGAGUGAAUCAGCUCUGUACGGAGAGCACAUCUGGUUCGAGACAAAUGUCUCUGGGGACUUCUGUUACGUAGGAGAACAACACUGUUACGCCAAAUCCCUGCAAAAGUCUGUUGCUCGGAAAAAGUGUGCUGCUUGCAAGAUCGUAGUUCACUCCAUCUGCAUUGAACAGCUGGAAAAGUUAUUGGACUGGAAAACUCCGCCUAAAGGGGAGGGGCUUGAUGAGGUGCCCCUCAAAGACCCAUCAUUCAGAAUAAACUUCAGAUGUAAACCAUCUUUCAGGGAGUCCGGUUCACGGAACAUCCGGGAACAUACCUGGCGACGCAGAGCUUUCAGAGGUCGCCGUGCUUUGGAGCAAAUGAGAGGUGCUGCAGUUAAGUGUAGUGCGCACACCUCUGUCACACAGCCAGCAAUAGUGCGACACCACUGGGUCCAUCGAAGAAGGCAAGAGGGCAAAUGCAAACAGUGUGGGAAAGGGUUUCAGCAGAAAUUUGCCUUUCACAGUAAAGAGAUUGUAGCCAUUAGCUGCUCCUGGUGCAAACAAGCAUAUCAUAAUAAAGUGACAUGCUUUAUGCUGCAGCAGAUAGAAGAACCGUGUUCAUUAGGAGCACAUGCUGCUGUUAUAGUACCUCCUACCUGGAUCAUACGGGUUCGCCGACCUCAGUCCUCAUUAAAGUCAAGCAAAAAGAAGAAACGAACCUCUUUCAAACGCAAAUCCAGCAAAAAAGGAGCAGAGCAGGAGGCUCGAUGGAAGCCCUUCAUUGUGAGACCUAUUCCCUCUCAACUCAUGAAGCCCCUGCUGGUGUUUGUAAACCCGAAGAGCGGAGGAAACCAGGGAGCUAAAAUCAUCCAGUCCUUUCUGUGGUAUCUGAACCCUCGGCAGGUUUUUGAUCUCAGUCAGGGGGGUCCUCAGGAAGGCUUGGAGAUGUAUCGCAAAGUUCACAACUUGAGAAUUUUGGCCUGUGGUGGGGAUGGCACGGUGGGCUGGAUUUUGUCUGCUCUUGAUCAGCUGCAGCUAAACCCUUCUCCUGCUGUGGCAGUACUUCCUUUGGGCACGGGAAAUGACCUCGCUAGGACGUUAAACUGGGGUGGGGGUUACACAGAUGAACCUCUGAGUAAAAUCCUAUCUCACGUUGAGGAUGGGAAUAUUGUUCAGCUGGAUCGAUGGAAUCUGAUUGUGAAGCCCAACCCAGAGGCGGUGCCAGAGGAAAGAGACGAGCAGGUGACAGACAAGCUCCCUUUGGACGUCUUCAAUAAUUACUUCAGCCUUGGGUUUGAUGCUCAUGUGACUUUAGAGUUCCAUGAAUCCCGAGAGGCCAACCCUGAGAAAUUUAACAGCCGAUUCAGAAACAAAAUGUUCUAUGCAGGGACAGCGUUUUCUGAUUUCUUGAUGGGCAGCUCAAAAGACCUGGCUAAACACAUUAGAGUGGUGUGUGACGGCACAGAUUUGACCUCUAAAGUGCAGGAUUUGAAGCUGCAAUGCCUGGUCUUCCUCAAUAUCCCCAGGUACUGUGCGGGCACUAUGCCGUGGGGCAAUCCAGGUGAGCAUCAUGACUUUGAGCCUCAGCGUCAUGAUGACGGCUGCAUUGAGGUCAUUGGAUUCACGAUGACGUCACUGGCCACGCUGCAGGUCGGAGGUCACGGUGAGAGGUUAAAUCAGUGUCGUGAAGUCACCCUCACCACCUUUAAGUCAAUCCCCAUGCAGGUGGAUGGCGAGCCUUGCAAACUAGCUCCAUCUGUUAUUCACAUCUCUUUGAGAAACCAGGCCAACAUGGUGCAGAAAACCAAGAGACGCACGUCAAUACCACUGCUCAAUGACAGUCAGCAGCCAUUUCCAGAACGAUUACGGAUCAGAGUGAGCCGUAUCAGCAUGCAUGAUUACGAAGCUCUGCACUACGAUAAGGAGAAGCUCAAAGAAGCUUCAAUUCCACUGGGUCUCAUCGUUGUCCCGGGAGACAGUGAUUUGGAAACCUGCCGAGCUCACAUCGAGAGACUACAGGAGGACUUUGUGUCGUGUCACCCAUCUCUGCAGCGGCUGGUGCUCCAGGAAGGUGACGAGACCAAAUCAAAGGCUUUGUCGUCUCAGAGGCUGUCGCCAAAAUGGUGCUUUCUCGACUCUACGACAGCGGAUCGAUUCUACAGGAUCGAUCGAGCUCAAGAGCAUCUUAACUACGUGACUGAAAUUUCUCAGGAUGAGCUGUUCGUUUUGGACCCAGAGCUAGUUGUCACCGAGACGGUCAGCACAUCGCCAGGCAUGCCAGACCUGGUGAACUCCUCUAGUGAUGCCCCUUCUGAUCCAUGUAAAUUUGCCUUCCCAUCAUCCUCUUCUUCUCCACCAAACUCACCCGGACCCAGGGUUGCAGAGCUCCAAAGGAAGCGUGUUUCCAGUGACAGUUCUGUGGCAGAAGCUCUUGCACACAGUGACUCGCUCCGAUCAGCCAAACCAGCUCUCAGCAGGGUGGGGGGUAUUCAUCGCUCAAAUACGACAGCAGCAGAUUUCAAACCUACCAGCAGGUUUGACAAGAGCAACCUGAACAAUGCAAACUCUGUGUCAGCAGACGAUCUAAUUGAAUGUGUGAAGAAGAAGGACCACCAGAAGUUGAAGGAGCUGCACAAGAGCGGGGCUGACCUGUGUGUGCAGGACCCGGUGGGCCGCACCCUGCUGCACUAUGCUGUGGAAGUGGGCAGCAAAGAGAUCGUCAGAUACAUCAUUGAUAAUGCACCCACUGAUAUCCUGGAUGUAACGGAGAGAGAAAAUGGAGAGACAGUAUUGCACAAAGCGGCCUCGUUGUGUCAGAGGACAAUCUGUCAUUACCUCGUGGAGGCGGGAGCAUCUCUCAUGAAGACAGACUUACAGGGGGACACUCCAAAGCAUCGUGCUGAGAAGGCGAAAGAUGCAGAACUUGCGGCGUAUCUCGAGAACCGCCAGCACUACCAAAUGAUCCAGCGUGAGGACCAGGAGACUGCUGUUUGACUUUAACCUCUCAACCCUCACCUCAACCGGUGCCCUCCUUUUUGUGCCAAAACAACAGUUACCAAAAAUGUAUCGCUAAACCUGUCUUAGGCUCUCUGGACCGCAGCGGGGGUGAUACAUUCCCAGAGAGGGAAGAUGGUUGCACACUGUACUGUCUCUGAAGGGGUCCCAAGCUUUCAUCAUCUUUCUCUGAAUGACUUAAUGUCUUUCAUUUCAUCGCACUGCCAAAACAUCUUAAGAGUUUGUAUUUAUGAGACAGAAUCCAUAUGUUAAUGCACUCAUCAAGCUUGCUUUUCUAGUUUGACAAUGCUGAAUGUUAAACGAAUACAAUGAGGAUUUAAAGAUGCAUGGGCUGGUGUCUGUCUCCAGAUUCAUCCCUGUCUGUAAAAGUAUCUGGAGCAUUCACCAUAGCCCUGACUCCACAACUAGGUUCAGUAUUGCUCUGUCAUGGCUGAGCAAUAAUCUGGUUGGUCGUACAGCGCAUUAACCAGAACCAACAUUUCAGUUAGCUGACUUAUUUCCUAAAGACAGUAGAGCCAUUAAAUGACAUGUUGUUAAUGUACAGUAUAAUGUAACUUUUUAGACUGCCCUGCACUGAAAGAGUUCAGGUUGGUUCAAAGAUCGGAAUGUUCUCUGGGUUCUUGAUCUCAAGUAUCAGAACUAUUUAGAUGUUUUUCAGGUGUGUCAUGGGAAGGAUUUUGCAUUUUCAUAGAUUUCUGUGCUGUUUCUAGUAGCUUCUGUUUAAGAGGCAUUUGCACUGUAGCUUUGAUUGCCUUCUUUAUUCUAUACUCUGGAUUUAUAAUUGUUGUACUCAAAUACGGCUUCUUUCCUACAAUAUUUUUAAGUAAAUAGAUGUUUAUAUAAUUUGUAGCUCUAAAAGAUGUGUGGUCAUGUUUGUAUUAUAAAACUUUAGAUUUUGGUUUAUUGGAGUUGAGAAUAGAUCUCUUUGUGAUUCAGCUCAUUUUUCUUAAAUCUUUGUGAUAAAACAACGCACUCUGUAAGUUUAUCGUUUUGUUCCAUUUUUUUUUUUUUUUUGUGCUGAUGUCUUUUAGACAUUUAGACGAGAUUUAAGGAUGCUUAUAUUUAUUUUCCUAAAUCAUUAUAUAUUGAAAUUCAUUUGGCAUUGAAAGCGUACAUAUUUAAUAAUAUAAGUAAUUUAUGACUUAUUUACAUUAUAGGAUGAAACUCUUCUCUGUCCAGAGAGUUACUACUUCAUCAAUGAUAUGACCCACUUAUUUCAAAGUUCUUUACAAUGUAAUUCUACAGUAUGUAUGCGUAUUCAUAUUGUAAAUAAGUAACACUGUGUUUGGGUUAACACACUAGCAUCUUUAGUGCUAUUCAUUUGCUGUUGGAAAUGCAUUUUCAGCACUCUCAGUUAUGUUCUUUCUUUGGAAAGUUUGAGUGUUUCAAAAACCAUCUAUCCAUCCAUCUCACCCUUUUACCCAGACAGCUGUUUGACAGGAGCCUUGAUGAACGAGAUUAUAUGAAUGACAUCAUAUGCCAUAAACACUGAACUCACUGAACUCUUUCAAUAAACAUGUGAUAUGUCUUAAUGAUCGGAUUACUUAAAAUUCUUAAGACUAUUUUUUUUUUUAAAGGUCAGAGAUACCCCCCUUAGACCUUUUUAGUAUGAAAAAUUGGGUUUGCUCCUGUAGCUCAAUUGGUAGAGCACUGCAUUUUCAUAGCCUGAAUGCUCUUUAAGUCACUUUGGAUAAAAUCAUCUGCUAAAUGCAUAAAUUAAAUUUUUUAAUUUAAUUUACAUUUUGACAAUAGAAAUUGUUCCUAUUUUUAUCCUUUCAUCCCAUUCUUUUCAUGUUCCAUCUGAGAAGUGUAAAGGCUGAUAUAUAUAGGACACAAAUACAUUUUUACGAUUGGUGUUACUAAAUAACUCCCAUACUAUAGUAAUCAAAAAGCAGUUUCAUAUAGUUUAGACCCGUGGUUCCCAACAAUGACCCGAAUCAGAUGUGUUUGAUUAAGGAGACUUGCAGAACAUGCAGUGUUGGGGUGCCUCCAGGGUCAGGGUUGGGAACCACUGCUUUAGACAUACAUCGCAUCACAAAUGCAUUCUGGGAGAAACCAAAGCUAGCAGAUGGGCUGACACUGUAAAUGGUCUUCAAGCCAACAGAGCUUUUUACUUAAUCAUGCCAACUUCAUUCCUUUACUGAGGAAUUUCGAUCGUUUAAUUUUACUGUUUGAGAUAAACAGCCUACAGAAAACCUCUCGCACUCAGUGAUUGCAGGGAUUAAGAGACAAUUUUGUGAGUUUCUUCAUAAUUAUCAUAAUCCUAAAACUUGAGUUUGUCAGACUAAUAGGCAGAACAGAUGGCAUAGAUUUGCCACAAAUGUUUCAACUCAUUCAUCAACACUUGGAGCGUGUUUUUAAAGCUUGAAUCUUUGAAAGCAGUUGUACUGAGUUUGUUACGUUUUAAUUUAAAAUAUGUUAGAACCUUGCUACAAUGCUCUACUAGACUUUUUACACUUUUUUUUCUGUAAAAUGUGUAAUCGAUUUGGACUUGUAUUUCCAUAGAAAUACAACAACCUUAAAUUACUUAUGUCAUUUUCAAAUAUGAGUGUGUCCACAAUUCCAUACCUGAUCACAAGCAAUAUGAAUCUUUGACUGGCAUGAUAAUGUUCUACUGCAUGAAUUUUAAUGGCCAGUUUUUAAGUGCUGAAGACUGCAUUUAGCAUAUCAUUUCUAUAUCUCUAAGGGCAAGUGAGGUCUAUGCCCUGCAUUGACCCUGCACUGUUACUUUUAAUUUAGUCUAGUUUUAAGAUUUUAUAACCCAGGCUUUAAUGAUAUGGUUAUUUUGUUUUGGUGUUGAUCCAUUUACUCUGUGGCUCAUUCAGAAGAGAUUGUUAGUGAUGCUGGCAGCAUCAUAUUACCCUUCAGUCUCCUCUGCUAUGAUUUUUUCUCGUCCAAACAUCAGAUCAUGUACAGUGCUUCAUUAUAAAUAAUUCAUACAUGUUGUCUCAAGCAGCUAUUUACAGCUAGACCUUUCAUUAUCUUAUUAAAACCAAGUUUUAAAUACAUGGCUUAUUUCAGCCUCUCUUAUCGUCAGCAAUACACUGCAAGCACUAGUUUUGCCAUUAUUUACUUUUCCUCUAAUAUCCUAUUUUUCUUCAUAUAGUGGAGACACUAUUGAAGUAUAUUCCAUUUUCAGUACUUCAUCACCAAUAUUAUCAAUGCACACUCCAUUUUUAUGGCAUACUUAAGAGAUGAGAUUUUCCAAGAAAUCUCACAUUUUUUUAUUCUUAUAUGGAAAUCUUACUUUAACUUUCAAAGGGCAAAGCAAUGUAAUGUAUGUACUUUGAAUUUCUGAAUGUGUUUUGUUGCUGUGUAUUUUCUUGCUCAAUGAAACUCUUUAGCCUUUAGCCAUCAUUGAGAUGCAUGAAAGCAGUAAGACGAUGAAGAACUGCCUCUUUCAUUGAUUUACAGGGAAAGCGAUCUGACA